AUGGACGAACCAAGCGAAACAACGACUGAAUCGGUCAUCCAGGAACUGAAGCGCUUGACUGAAAGAUACGACCAGAGCAUAGAGCUAGCUGAGCCGGAUGGUCAUGAACCCAUCCCGACCAUAACCAGAAAUGGUCUACACCUGAGCUUGCGGGAGAUCCAGAAUAGUCGACAAGGACUAUCGGCCGAUGAAAUCAAGACCAGGAAUGAGCUCAUACUCGAGCUCAAGACCAGCUACCUACCCUCCUUGGAACACCAACUCCUCGAUCUCUUGAACUCAAUCCUAGGACUACGUCACCCCACACCAACACAUCUCGAUCUUCAGAAGACUCUAGAGAUCAUAUCCCAACUCGGCCAUACCAUCGAUCAAAUCAACCUCUUCAUCCAUUCCAUCCAUAUCCCUGCCGCCGCAUAUAAUCCCUCCACACCGACCUAUAUGAGCUCCAAUGACCAUGAGUACGGGGAUGUGAAGAGCUACAGAGCUUGGGAAUUGAUCUGCAAACUCGACGAGCUAUUCAGAACUCACAUCUCAUCCCUAUUCCAGCACCAUAUCUCAUUCCUUCGAAUCCAGCCACAACGCAGAUCGAAGACGAUCACUCGAGCAGCAAGGGAAACACUAAUCGAUGCAACCGAUGAAUCCUCAGCAAUGAUCCGACUGCUCAUCGACUGGUCCAAUCGAUCCGAUUUCAGUCUGCUCCAAGUUGACUGGCGAAGGCUCGGGUCUAAUCUCGACUUCACUCUCCAGAACUUCCCCCCCAAGUUCCUCGCUAUCGACCUGCCCUCAAAACCACCCACAAAAGAUGAUACUCAAUCAAUCCAAGAUGAUCAACCCGAACAAGACCUUCAAUCAAACCUUGAUCAGCAUGACUCGGCUCAAUCAAACCUUGAUCAGCAUGACUCCGUAGUAGGACUGAACAAGAACCUUCGACCAACGAAGAUAUUCCACGCUCUCAUACCAGUCCUCCAGCCAAUGAUCAUCAUCAUCAUCAAGAAUCUUCUACCAGACUCCCCACGCAAGAUGAGAUCCCACCCCGCCAGAUUCAACUCGUCAAAGCCGUCAUCCCGCUCCUCAAGCUAA